GCUUCAGUAGCUGUUCCAUAUAUUUGCAGACGAGACUUGGAUGUACAGCUGCCUAAAUUUGAGCUGGACACGGAAGAAACAAUGAGAGACAUGCUGCAAAGCAUUGGUAUCACACAGGUGUUUGACCCCAGCAAAGCCUCUUUCAAGAAAAUGACUAAAGACAGAAGUGUUUCUGUCAGUGAGGUAAGAAUUCGGAAUGUCCUUCACCGAGCUGUCAUUGAAGUUGACGAAGAAGGCACUGUGGCUGCUGCUGCAACCAGUAUUGGAGUUGCUAUGUCACUUCCACCCAGAGUGAUAGCCAACCGUCCUUUCAUGUUUGUGUUGAGAGAUAAAGUUUAUGGCAUCAAUCUCUUCAUUGGCCGAUUCACCAACCCAGGGGGUGAAAACCUGAAGAACUAG